AUCAGUCUCCUCCAUACCUUUCGUCUCACCCUGUCCGCAAUGCAACCCUUCUUCGACGAUCGUCGUCAACUCACAGAACAUGCACGCGAGAUCGCUGCUCGCCUUGCUUUCAGGCAGCCUCGUGCUGGCUUCCCGCCUUGCGACGUUCAAACAGCCGUACGAUGAUCUCAAGCAGCAAGCUGUGGCGGCCGCAAAGUACCCUGCUCAAGCGAUGAAAGUGCCUGUCGACCACUUUGACAAGUCGAACAAAGACAUGUUCGAGCUCCGCUAUUGGGUGUCGCUUGAGUACUUCAAGACCAAUGGACCCGUUGUGAUCCUGUUGGCUGGCGAGACCGAUGCAGAGGGUCUCACCUUUGCCUUCGAUGCUCCACAUCUCGGUGGAAGGAUCGCAAGCCGUAUCGGUGCGGCCCUCGUGGUCGUCGAGCAUCGCUUCUAUGGCCAAUCGCACGUCACAGCCGAUCUCUCAACUGACUCGCUUCGCUUCCUGACUACCGCUCAAGCCUCAGCCGACUAUGAGUACUUUUCUCGUCGCUUCAACUUUGCUGGACACGAUCUGUCAGCGCCCAAGAGCUUUCACAUGAUCACGGGCGCGUCCUAUGCUGGCGGCAUCGCCGCACGCUGCAGGAAGCUGUACCCUGGUGUCUUCCCAGCUGCCAUAGCAUCGAGCGCGCUCCUGGAAGCACAGCUAGAUUUGUGGUCGUACUAUGAAGCUCCUCGCAAGUACGGACCCCCUCAGUGCAUCCGGAACGUGCAAGUGUCGAUAUACGUAAUCGAUCAGCUCCUCAAGCACUCUGUAGAGAUGAGCAGGGCCAUCAAAGAUGCCUUUCACGUCAAAGGAGAGGCUCACAACGAUGACUUAUCAUUCUGGCUCGCUAUCGGUCUUCAGACUUACCGGGAGAAGAAUUGGUACACCAAGCACACGUCGUUUGACGCCUUCUGCUCAAAUAUGACCGCAACGAUGCGUCAUUCGGCAGCCGACAAGGUCACAAUGGCUCGUCUUGUUGAACAAUCCGGCUUCAUGACGUCCAAGUGGCAUGAGCACGAGACAAUCGACAAGGUGACUGAGGUGAUGCUCAACUACGUGGUCUGGCAAGACGCCGUGCAGCGGGCAUAUGGCUGCAACGGCUUGGCCUUUGAUGCAUGCUGGAACUUCCACGAUUCUCACGUGGAUCUCACCUAUGCCAACACCGGCAGGCUCUGGCUCUCGCAAGUCUGCAAGGAAGUCGGGCUCUUCCAAACGGGCUCGGCGCCUGUCAGUCAGCUCUCGCUCGUCAGCAGAGCAUACUCUGUAGCGAGCGAACUUGAGGUCUGUCGGCUGAACUUCCCUCGUGGCGACAGGUUUGAGUUCCCAGCCAAGCCAGAGGUCAAAGCCUGGAAUGCUGUCACUGAUGGAUGGAACAUCGACCUACCCUGGCUAGCCCAUUUCGUUGGCGAGAAGGAUAUGUGGCGCGUCAUCGGACCUGCAGCACCUGGUGCGCCCCCUCGCAAGAGCACGCCCGAGAAGCCAUUCUAUAUCAUCGAGGGCGGCUACCACGGCUCAGACGUGAUAGGUCUGGACCCCUCCUUUGGCGAUAUUGAGGUACCACGAGCAAUCUUGGCUGCUCAGGAGAUUCAGAACGAGUUUGCUGAAGCGGCUUACGCUGCUUGGAGGGCUCGCAAGGCUUAGCUAGCCCGAGCCGAGGCUGACCCGUGAUCAAUGC